CCAAGACGAGGGCCGUGACGGCUCGUCAUACAAACAAACUCCUCCGCUCCCGAGAGGCGUGCACUCCUCCGCUGCAGUCUUACCUUUCAGAAGUAGGAAGACAAAAAAAAUAAUUUGGGAAAGAAAUCAAAAGUGAAACAAAACUCGGAAUGCAAGAUGGAGACGGCGGCGCGGCUGGGGCUCUGCUUUCUGCUCUUUUAUUCCGCGCUCCCCGGUCUACAUGCAGCGGUCACCGUGUAUUUACCAGAGCAAAAUGUCGUUGCUGUCAGGAAUUCAGACGCCCUGCUGCAGUGUUUCUUCACUGUGACCACAGGCCCCAUUGACCCCAGCCAGCUGAAGAUCACGUGGUUACAGUAUGGGUUUCCAAUGGCCAUAUUUGAAGGUUCACAAAACACUGACAGGAAAGAUGCCACCAUGUUCAGACAGGACGUGCUGAGAGGGAACGCGUCACUGCUGCUUCAGAAAAUCGUGAAGCGAGAUGAGGGGAUGUACGAGUGUGAGGUGGAGCACAAGGGAGAGCUGGACUCGGCCACACUCGUCCUGUCCAUCCGAGUUCCUCCUGAAGUUUCCGUGUCCCCAGAGUCGGUUCACCUUCUCACUAACAAUACAGUGACGUGUUCAGCACGGAGCUUCUACCCGGAGCUCAUCACUUUUGUCUGGAAGAGAAGUGGGAAGGACGCUGAGACCCAGCAACAUACCGAGGCACAACUGAACCCCGACGGCACCUUUAACUCGGAGAGCGUUUACCGCUUCACCCCGACCAGCUAUGAUGACCUGACCUGUGAGGUGCACCACGUGGCGCUGAAGGAGCCGCUGAGGAGAUCCGUCACAUAUACAGGGUUGACUGUUGCGGGGAUUGCUGCCAUUGUGAUCACAGUGCUGAUUGUACUCCUCAUUGUGCUCUUGUACUUCUGGUUCUCUUCAGUGUACCUGUCGCUUCUUCACCCCUCCAUGUUGCUUCAAGAUGAGUCCGUCUCAGUGCAGUGCACCAUCACAAGCUGGAACCCUGAGAUGAUCAAACUGCACUGGUUUAUAAAUGACAGGGAAAUCAAACUGGAUAGGAUGGACAGAGACGAUGAGGAUGAGGCAUCAGUACCCCUACAGGACCCUUCUAAUUACACUCUAUAUAGAGGAUCCUCUCAAAAAGGCUUUGGUCCAAAGGAGACCCCUGUCACCCUGAACUUUAGAGUUUACAGAUCUGACCACCGUGGGGCAGAACUUAAGUGUCAGGCCACUCAUCUGCUGACCAGGAGGCGUGUGGAGCGCUCAAUAACAUUGGAAGACUUGCCUAUUCAUCCCCGACUUUCAGAAAUCGAAAAUGUCUCUCAGAAUUCAGACACUGAUGUGAAGCUGCAGAUCCGAGCUGAGGAGUUCAAGCCACGAGACAUUAGCUUCACCUGGUCACCAGGAGGGGGUACAGUGACCUCAGAUUCACUUGACAUCACAGAAAACCCUAAUGGCACCUUCAGUGUUGUGAGUGUCUGCCCCGUCCCGUUGUCUGUGAUCCAGACUCCAGGAUUCAAGGUCUCUGUCAUAACCAAGCACGUCUCACAACGAGAAGUGGAAAGAAGAGUCACGUGUGAUACUCCAGGUAUUGAUGGGCGCCCCCAUUUGUCUGAUGUUGAAAUGGUCAGGUACACAAAGAUGGGGGAGCCCUGCACCCUGACCUGCACCAUCACCAAGUUCUUCCCGAGUGAUAUCAAAGUAACCUGGCUGAGAGUUGGAGCAGAGACCAGACAUCAGCCUGUUACUGCAGGGUCAACAGAGUGGACAGCCAUAGUGACGACACCCAGUCCUGAGAUGAAGAACUACACCUAUGAGGUGACCUCUGAGGUUCAGUUCACACCUAAUAUCUGCAAUGAAGUGGAGGAGAUGACCUACAUCUGUAGGGUCGAACACGUGACCCUCAUGGGGAAGACCAAAGAGAAGAAGUCUGGCAGAUUGGAGUUAACAGCUGAUAAAACACGUCCCACAAUCUCAGACAUGCACGUUCAAUUCACAAAGUUUGGUGAGCCCUGUACCUUGGCCUGCACUGUAUCAGAAUUUUAUCCCAAGAAGAUCAACGUGACCUGGGAAAGGAGAAUGAAGAAAGGAAUGAAGAGGACUCUUCUGGAAGAGUCAGGUGACUGGAAGCUCAAUACAACCAACUAUGGUCCCAUAACGACAAAUAACAGGUACUCGCUUGUGUCUCAUGCCACCUUCACUCCUCAGUCCCUGGGUGUCCUGGAGGACAUGGAGUUCUUCUGCACAGUGGAGCAUGAAAGCCUGAAAGAGAAGAUUGAGAAGAUCUGCUCUGUUACUUCAGGUUUUCAGUGCUGCCCCAUCGUCUUAAAUAUAGAACUAAGUAACAUUAAUGGAUUUGGCCAGGUGUGCACCUUGAGAUGCUCUAUUGAAAAUUUCUUCCCCAAGGAAAUCAAAGUGACUUGGCUAAAAGAUGCUAAGAAAGACAAAAAAGAAAUCAAAACCAAAAUGGCCCAUCUGGUGAGUGAAGGGAAGACUUACAAGAUGGUAUCUGAAGCUGAGUUCACACCAAAAUCCUUGAUGGACUUGGAGGAGGUGGAAUAUACCUGCCUGGUGGAACACCAGACCCUCAAAGAACCCAUUAAGAGGUGCACCGGGAAGCUUGUGAUGAAAAGUCUGUUCUGCCCACCUAUCGUGUCAGAUAUUCAGGUGGUUGAGUUUGGGGGCCUUGGCCAGCCCUGCACUCUGAGCUGCUCCAUCAAGGACUUCUACCCUAAAGACAUUGAGGUGACAUGGCUGCAGGCUGGUGGAGAUGGAUCAAGCGAUAUCAGACCAAUGACGAGUGACCCAGUUAUGGAGAAGAAGGGUUAUCGUUUAGAGUCUAAGGCUGUGUUCACCCCUAAGACCCUGAGAGAUACAGAGGAGACCAUUUACAUCUGCUCAGUGAAGCAUCAAAAACUCCAGGAGCCCAUUAGGAAGCAAAUAAAGAGGAUUCCGAUACCAGGUCACGAGAGCAGUCCCACCGUCUCAGAAAUCCAGGUCCACUUCACAGACCUCAACCAGCCCUGCUUCCUGAGCUGCUUCAUUUCAGGGUUCUACCCAUGGGAACUUAACGUCAACUGGCAGUGGAGAACCAAGAAGAACCCGAAACUGACACCCGCUGGAGAGGGCAAAUGGAAACCAGAACUGAAAGAGUAUCGGCCUCUGAUCAUGAGCAACAAGUUUGAGCUGCUGUCUCAGGCAAUCUUCACACCCUUGUCUGAGGCCGAUCUGGAAAACCAGGAGUUUGUCUGCUUUGUGAAGCAGCAAGAGAAGGGAGCAAAGCCCAUCAUGAAAUACUGCUCGGUGCCUCUGAGAACUCAACCAGCUAAUGGACCAUGAAGAUGGGCUUCUGGCUCACCUUUCAGAACUGAGAUCCUUCACCAGGUGAAAAUGAAGCUAAAGGGUGAGCUGUGGUCGGCUGUGUCUCAUGUGGUGAGUCACUGGUCAUAUGUGACAAAGAAGAGCAACCUAAGAGAUGGGAAGAACUCAGGACCUGUAUUGGCUAGGCAUAUCAUCUGGUAAUUAAUUACCUUGGAGGCUUUAAAGUAGUCCUCCCCGCUCUGCUUCAGUUUGCACAUCAUUGCCACCUCACUGAAUUUAAAUUUCUAGUGACCAUAAUGAUCACCAAUACAUGAUCAUGACAUACAUGAUUACUACAGCUGGACUGGAGACUCGUUUUUAGGUUUCAGACACGGGGUGUCCCAUUUGACUGUCUACUGAAUGUUUUCAGGAUUUCAUCCUUGGGUUUCCUGUUGAUGGGUCAGACAUCAUGAGCCAACACCCUGACUGAUCUGCUAAACAAUAGAGAUUUUUAUUAUGUGAGUAGGAAACGGACCUCCAUCUUGAUUCAUUUCUGUUACGGAACAAAUGGCAGCUCUGCAUAUUUUGUACAUUUCUCCACAUUUGCCCUCUGUGUCCACUGCAAGUGAUCAGCUUGGCUUUGUGUUAUAACGGCUCUGUGGAGAGGUCUUUUUACAGUAUCUUUUACCCCAGAUAUCCAGGCCUCUUCUCCAUCCUUGUAGUGCUCACUGGUGGGCCUUUUCAGUGUGUGAAUCCAUCUGUUCUAACCAGGACAUAUUUAUGCAGAGACUCGUCAUGUUCUAAGUGCUGCCUCGUUUCAAAUUCACCUCGCAUGCUUUGGUCGUGUGUUGACUGAACAGAGAAGCGCAUUUGAAAAUGAAUGCAGGAGAUCCUUCCUUCCAGACCUCUGAAGUGGUGAGCAUGACAUGUCCAUCAGACCAAAGCUAUCAGAUGUGACUGUGAAAAGCUGUGCACCUGACACAAAGACGCUGGCGUGGCUGACAUAACGUUUAACUGGAAUCCUGAUUCUCUGUUAACUGACAUGCUAAGCUGCUGUCACUGCUCUCUGCUCCAAUAAGAUUCAUCUGUAAUGCUUCUCCUCUCCUAGGCACCAUAUGGUCGGGGUCUGCGUUCACAUUGGUAUAGUAAGUGCCUUGAGCAUUGGUAAGGCGCUAUAUAAAGAAAUGUAUUAUUAUUAUUAUUGUGCAGAACUUUAAAAAUGUGUUUAUCUUUCCUUCAAGCUUUUAAAAGUGAUGUUGGUGGUUUCGGAUCAUGGAGAUUUAAAUCUCAUUUGUAUCCAUCCAUCCAUCCAUUUUCCAACCCGCUGAAUCCGAACACAGGGUCACGGGGGUCUGCUGGAGCCAAUCCCAGCCAACACAGGGCACAAGGCAGGGAACCAAUCCCGGGCAGGGUGCCAACCCAUCGCAGUCUCAUUUGUAUCUCCUUUCUAAAUUCUGCGUUUAGGAAAGUCGUUUUUAUUUUGAUUAUAUUUUGGUGUUUUCCACUUUAACAUUUUGUUUUCCCUCAGGUGCUGCCAUUUUGUGGUGCUGUUGUCAAGACAUAAUGAUUGGUUUCUAGGGACACGGUGUCAGACAUUUUGUGCCAGUAUAAAGGCUGGCACCACAAACAGAGCAGCAUCUGUGGUAUAGAAAGGGUUAAGAACUGGUGGGGGGGUGGGGGCUCCAUUUCAGUUGGUUGCAGAAGAUGUUUUUUUCGGGGGGCUGAGUGUUGAUUGGUCAGUGAAGAGAGUUUUCUAUGGUCAUGAUUACAGAGGGAAGGAGGAAUUGGGGUUGAUUUGGUGGCUGAUGAUGAUUCCAAGGUGGGGGCCCCUCAUUUGUGUGUACUGUGGCCCCGACUCUCCACCAAUGGCGCCACCUCUGAAUGACAGCCAAGAUUGUGGAUAAACUCUGAAACUCGUGAUGAAAGGUUCUUCUCUUUGAAUCUUAACCUCAUCUCCUGCUUAGUGUGUUUGACCUUCACUAGCUUCUCACACCACUUUAUCCCCCUGCUCCAUUCUAAAUUUCCAGUGCCCCUUGUGCCUCCUAUUUUCUACCAGCUGUGGCUGAACAUCUGCAAGGCCAUGUGGGACCCGACUGAAGGUUUUGUGGUGUGGCACUAAAUUUAGUUGUGAAUGAGCUGUGAGUGGCCAUGGUUGGACUUUAUUCAUGUGUGGGUUUCAACUAAAGUUGGGUUGGGAGGUGGAAGUUUAAAAAAGGAGACACCUCAGAAGACUUGUGUCCUGUUGUUCACAUGUGGUAUUGUCCUGCAGUGAGGAGCAGCCGCUUUCAUCAGUCCGUCCACAGCAAGCAAAUCCUUCUGUUACUUCCAGUGUUCCCAUCUGGACAGAGGCCUGCUCUGUGUGUCUUUCACCUCAGCCAGUUUAUGAAAUGGACACACCAAUAGGAUAUAACUAUUCAGUUUUCUUUUGGAAUUAUCGAUUACACCAUUUACCUUUCAGGGAUCUUUCAUGCCUUCACAACCUCAUUGCUGCACAAUUACAAGAAUACGGCGUCUCUGUUACAAACGUUUAUUGGGUCAGUGCAGUGAAAAUCUUAGAUAACAAAUUUACCUCAAAACGUCUACCUUGAUUACCACGAGUUUAUGAUGUGUUACAUAUACACUGUGACCUCAAUGGGGAUUGUCUUGUAUGUACAGUAAAUACAAAUGUGUUAUGUCUGUUUUUGUACAAUUAUUUCUUAUCACUAAACCUUUUCAUGUAAACUCUACUGGUGUGUCAGAGGGUGUUUGAGUGGAUGGAAUUUAAAAGGUUGAAUUGGGGAUUUCUGUAGGCUUUCUG